AUGCAUGGGACGAAUUUGCAAUGUCAAAUAUCUGAUCGUGAAUGCAAGGAGAAUGUGAAACUUCGCAUAAGAGCUGUUUCUUGCAAAGAACCAGGAUACCUAGGCUGUUACAUAGAUGAAAACCAGUUUGGAUUCGGAAGAAUUCGUUUGCUUUCCGAUGGUCCAGGAUAUCAUGGUAGUCUGACAAUUGACCUCUGCAUCAAAAUAUGUAAAAAUGAAGGACACUUUUACGCAGGUGUAGAGUAUACUGUACAAUGUUUCUGCGGUGCACGAGAUGAAGACAUUUCCCGAGAUGGAAAAGUUCGGGAUCACCAAUGUGAUGAUAUUUGUCCUGGGGAUAAUCUUGAGUCAUGUGGAGGCUCAGAUAGAAUCUCCAUUUACCAAGUCGAUAUCGGUGUUUGCGAAGACCCUGGUACCCCUGUAAACGGAUUCCGCUAUAACGAAACGGAUCUUCUCCGCUAUGGUAGCAAGGUAUACUUCAACUGCUCCGAUGGAUAUGAUCUACAAGGACCCGAUGUUAUCCAAUGUGUUCAGAAGUACAGAAAUAGGAGCUACAGUCCUCGUAAUAGUACACAUGAUGUUGUUUGGGAUCAUGAUCCUCCAACAUGUAGGCCAACAGUUGGCAUCGGUGUCUGCAAAGACCCAGGUACCCCUGUAAACGGAUUCCGCUAUAACGAAACGGAUCUUCUCCGUUAUGGUAGCAAGGUAUACUUCAACUGCUCCGAUGGAUAUGAUCUACAAGGACCCGAUGCUAUCCAAUGUGUUCAGAAGUACAGAAAUAGGAGCUACAGUCCUCGUAAUAGUACACAUGAUGUUGUCUGGGAUCAUGAUCCUCCAACAUGUAGGCCAACGGGUUUUAUUUCAACUUUACCCCCUUUUCCGACGACCAAGGUAAGAGGACAAACCAACCUAAUUCCAUCGACCAGAACAUAUAGCAUGACGCUGACCAAUGAUCAAAAAGGUUUCAGUUCCACUUCACCUUCACAUUUACCACCUGUGACCGCAAAUCAAGAAGAGGAGAGAUACCAAAUCACGUUCACUGGCAUGGCCGAUGUGAAUCACACUGAAAACCAAAGGGGUAUCAUCUAUAUUAGUGUUGGCAUUGCCUCCGCUCUGAUAGUCAUCGUCUUUGUCAUUGGAUUGGUCUUUCUGUGUAGAAGACGUAAUAGGAGAGAACAGAAUUUGGCCCAGGAUCGAAACUGUACCGUAACCUACGAAACUAUUGACAGCGGAGCUGCAUACACAGCCCUGAAAAUCGGUUCAUCCGGAGCACCUAUCAUCGGUCCUGAAAACUUAACGUUUUUUGCAAGACUCAGUUCGAUUGGUCGAGGUGAAUUUGGAGAGGUAUGGAAGGGAGACAUCAGUGUUAAUCAAAUCCAUAGAGAUGUUGCUAUCAGGCUGGUUUCAGAUCAAGUGGUCGAAUCGGGUAACUUUCCUCAAGCUAUCCGGGUACUCUAUGAGCUGACGGAUCAAUUAAAUGUUGUAAAAUGCCUAGGAUAUUGUCGAGAAAAAGGAAGCAUUCUGUAUGAGUUUGUUUCUGGUGGCUCACUACUCACCUAUCUGCAAGCCAAACGGGGACAAUCUCAACCAACGUACAACAAUCUGAAACCAAAGAGAGAACGUCUCACCGAUGAUGAUGAAGGUAGGCUAUUAAACAUGGCCUGGCAGGUGGCAAAAGGGAUGGAGUUUCUCGUGUCGCAAAAGAUCACCCAUGGAGCUCUCUGUGCCCACAAUGUGCUACUGGCAGAUGAAAAGCUGUGCAAGAUAUCGGAUUAUGGACUAUCUACAUCGCUAUUUAGGGACAAAGUUAAACUAACAAGAUGGAGUUGCCCUGAAACAAUGGCAACGGGUGGACAAUCGACUGAAGGAGACAUUUGGUCUUUUGGAAUCGUCUUGUGGGAAAUUGUAACAUUAGGAUCCAGACCUUACCCUAAAAUGACAUUUGACAUGGUCCAGAUGAAAGUUAUCGAUGGUUACCAGAUGCCACGCCCUCAUCAUUGUGGACAAGAAGUGUACACAGUAAUGUCUGGUUGUUGGGAGAAAGAAGCUGGGAAGCGAAGUAGUUUUGAUCAGAUCCUGAAGAGUCUGGAAACAAUUCUUGAAAAGGCACACAAUUACAUGUCACUCAGUAACAUUGAUGACGGAUUGUACGAGUCUACACUGGAUAUGUAAAUGAAUUCCUGGAAACACCGAAUUGCAACUUACUGUCCACACAACUAUUGGUUAAAAUCUGCCCAAAUUGGGUAAUAAAAACUAAUAAUUGGGUAAUAAAUUUGCUCAAUUGGAUAAUAAUUGCCCAGAAUAUAUAUAUAUUUACCAACAUACAUUACCCAACACAGUGGACAGUAUGUUGCCCAACAUUUUAAGUGUGUAUCAAACUCAACCAGAACUCUGAUAUGUCUCAACUCAUCAUUUUAAUAAUGAACAUUAUUGAUCAUUAUUUUUAAUUCAAGUGCACUUUGGCUAUUUUCAGAAUCGUAAAAUAUCAUAACUUAAUCUAAAACCGUGUUUGAUAAAAACUGUCAUAGUGUUAGUACAGUUAGAGUAAUUCGCUGUUCAUCUUUAAUGAAAAUCAGCUCUUGACUUAAAGUUAAGUUGAAAGAGUUUUCAUAUAACGACCGAGUUUAAAUUUUUCUUAUUUUUUAAGUACUACGAUUUAGUAUCAUACAAAUUUAUUAAAAGAGAUUCUAUUAUAACGUGCAUCAUCAAUUUAUUCUAUCAAUUAAUAAAUAUGUGGAGGCUAAUGAACACCCCACUAUUUCUUUUGUAUCAAUAAACAUACCGUAAAAAAUGGAUUUGCUCAUUUUCAAUUUCAAUAUUGACAUGAAUAUUUUUUGAGAAUUUCAUUAGAACGUAUAAAUUGUCGUUUUUGUUGUAUCAGUGUUGUAUGCAGUAUGCCUAUAUAAAACAAAGAAAAAAUCCCGAAUAGUGAAUUUGUUGAAAUAAUGAAUCUAUUGCAUUAUACAUUUUUUUUUGUACAUGGACUUCUCAUGUAUUAAUUAGAUUAUACCAUAUAUUAUAUUUAUAGUAUGUAGUUAAUUUUUUUUUCACCGAGUCACUAAUCCACUCUAAUAGUUACCUCAGUGGCGUAUCUAGGAGGGGGGGGGGGGUUAGCACUUGCCCCGGGCGCCGUUUUUCCUAGAUACGCCACCGAGUUACCCAUUAAUGCAAUCAAUGUUUGAUUUUGACAUUGAAUAUAGAUCAUGUAGAUUGUGUAGGAUUAUUUUCCUACUACGAAUGAAGAAUAUCAGCUGCACGUGUAUCUCUAUAUGGAUAAAUGCAAGCAUAGUGGAAACGUGUGUGUGUGUGCUUGUGGGUAUGUUCGUACUUGUACGUGAUUGUGAAAUAACCAUUGUAAAUUUACAUAGGCCUACUAAGUCACUUAUUCGGUCCUGUUUGAGUAUUUUUCAGAAAUAAAAAAAAUACCCUACUAUCGCAUUUCGUUUUUUUUUAUAUAUAAAUAGCAUAGGUAGCCUAAAGUUGUAAAUAUUUGUGUCUUAUUAAAAUAGUAAUUAACCUUAUAGCUGACAUAAAUGGCAUAACGGGUGUAGUUUCUGAACAAAUUAAGCAUUUCAGAUAUUUGAUCAUACCCUGAUAGCAGAAACUGGUAAAAAUGACGUCAUAAUUACGUCAGUUUAACGACGAGUGUCACGUCAUUUUGACGUCGUAACAUGACGUCUUAUUGACGGGAUCUUGCACCCGCGAAUAACGUCAUUAUGACGUCGUAUAUUGACGUCAUUAUGACGUCUCCAAGAGUGACUACGACGUCUUAAUGACGUCUUAGCAACGUUUUUACAACGUUUUCCUGACCAGUAUCAAGGGUCAGAUUGACGUCGUGUAUUGACGUGAUUAUGACGUCUUCGAGAGUCAACAACGACGUCUUAAUGACAUCCGUGCAACGUGUUCCUGACCGGUUUUAGACGUCAUAUUGAUGUAAUUAUGACGUCUUUAAAAGUCAUCUACGACGUCUUAAUGACAACUUUGCGACGUAUUCCUGACCAGUUUCAGACGUCAUAUUGAUGUAAUUAUGACGUCUUUAUAAGUCAACUACGACGUCUGAAUGACGACUUUGCAACAUAUUGCUGACUAGUAAUAGACGUCAUAUUGACGUCGCAUAUUGAAAUGAAUAUGACGUCUUUUGGAGUCAACUAUGAUAUCUUAACGUAUUCUGACGUGAUAAUGACCUAAACAUUAAAUUCUACAUGCAAUGUACAUACACACAUCACUUCAAAGACCUUGUCAUUGAGGAUUAUCUAUAUUUGGUGAAUACUGAGGUGGUCUGACAAUGUCCAGCAUUCCUAGUAACAAUAUAAUGAUCCUCCAUGCCAGGGCCUUGCAUAACUUGUCUCAGUCUCAAGAACAUGACCCCCCCCCCCCCCGAAAAAGAAUAUAUACAAAAAUGGAAAACGAAAUCAAAUACAUGUACGCAUUUCAAUUACGAAAUCGUGGCAAAUAUUCUAUUAAUAAAUAAAAGUCGCAUAACAUAUUACCAGGAAAAAAAAAGGAAUACAAAAUGUUGAAAACUCUAAAUAGAUUGAAAAAAAAAACACUUUUCUAUGAAAAUGCAGUAUUAGGGUCAAAGGAAUGAAAUUACAAUGUUUGUUAUACCAAUACAUACAAUUGUACAUGUAUAAAUACACAUUAAUACAUAACAGAGGCAUAAUGAUCUCCAAGAAUAAAGCUUUUUCGUUGAAAUUGUAAUUAAAUAUACCUUCAACUUUUAGACAACUAUGUAAUGUAGGUAAAAAUAUACUGUAUGUAAAAAAAAAAUACCCGAGUUGGAAUAGUUUCAGGAUUUAUGGAAGCUCGCAUUUGGGUGAAAGAAUCAUACAUGUACAUUAAUUCUUAUGAAAUGUUUGGGUUGUAUUACACUAUCACUUAGGGCCAGGGGUAAAAGACAGUAGUUGCAGCAAACAAUUAUUUCUUCGGAAAGUCUUUUAAAUUAAGGUUAAUUGUCAAAAUAUUGUACAUAAUCUAGAUCUGGGCCCUGUCUUACAAAGAGUUACGAUUGAUCCGAUCAAUCAUAACUCUAUGGAAAUCCAUCAGUGUCAUAAU